AUGGCCCAAACGGUGACUGCCACGGACCAACAAUGCAAACUCUUCAUGGCCGUCACAGAUGUCAAUCAAGACAAUUCCAUGAGUCCCACUGAGUUUCUUGCGUGGCUCGGACGACUCACGGGAGGAACCUAUACCGCCACGGAUUUUGCCACUCUCCCGGCACCUCUUCAAGCCCUCUACACGACGCAUGCCACGGCUGCCAAUGGAGAGGUGGAUAUUCUCGGAGCCAGACCGGGAUCGGUCGCCACAUCCACCGCCUCGGGAGACAAUCUCACCAAUAUGUGUGCCGCGGCAGCAGCGGCAUUUGCGGCCGUUUCCACGGGGGUAGCCACGCCUGCAGUUGUUGCCACUACUGUUACACCCGCCACUGUGGGGCCUGUUGUGGUAGCUGCCACGGUAACUCCUGCAACUCUCACACCAGCCACAGUAACACCCGCAACCGUAGUUCCAGCCACUGUAACUCCAGGGACGGUAACACCGUCAGUGGGAGGCACAACUCUCACACCGGGGACGAUUACUCCUGCCGCAACAAUAGCUCCAGGGACUGUGACGUCCUUAGUGGGAGGCACAAUCACCCCCGCCACUCUGGGCCCAGGCACAAUAACACCUUCGGUAGGCACAAUCACACCCGCUACUGUGGGUCCAGGCACAGUGACACCUUCGGUAGGAGGCACAACGCUAACUCCUGCCACCAUAACUCCAGGCACUACUACUGUGGCUCCCGGCAUUACUACGGUAACACCUUCGGUAGGAGGCACUUCUGUCCCUCCCGGCACAAUCACCACUCCGCCAGCCGUCACCACGGCAGCUCCCACGGCCGAUUUUCGCACGUGCACACUGAGCUUGGCCGUUUCCGAUACCGAUCGCAACAAUGUACUCGACCCUGCCGAAUACCUUGUCUUUCUCAAUCGAAUCACUACCAAUCGAUAUGCGGCCAUUGCCGCAUUCGAGGCUCUCCCACAACCUCUGCAAGAUAAUUACGCCACGCUGCAAACAGCGACUGGAUGGGAUAUCACCGGAGCCAGUCCAGUCGUCCCCGCCACAGAGGCGCAGGCGGCCGUCUUGCAACAGAUUUGUGAUGGGACCAAUCAAGCCAUGGCGCCACCGGCUACCGGUACCGUAGGUCCCACUACCGGUAUCACUACCAUUGGACCUAGUACGGGUGUGACUACCAUUGGACCCACUUGGGGUACUAUUGGACCCACUUUGGGUACUAUUGGACCUAGUACUGCCGCGCCCACCAUGAAUGUACAGACGUGCAAGAUGCAAAUGGCCAUUUCCGAUGCCGAUCGAAACAAUCUAUUGAGUGACACCGAAUUUGUUACCUUUAUCAAUCGAUUGACCGCCAAUCAAUUCAGUACCGCCGUGGCACUGCAAGAGUUGCCUCCAUCACUCGUUGCAGUCUUUAACAACUUUGCCGGAGGAAAUGUCAUUGAUAUCACGGGAGCUAGUCCCGCACAACCAGCGACCGAAGCACAGCAAUUGACAUUACAGAGUAUCUGUACAUUGGUAGAUCAAGCCAUCCAGAACCACAACAAUCCAAGCAGCACGGCACUACCGACGACCCUGGUACCAACUGGUGGAAAUGCCACCACGGCUCCACCUUCCACGACAACAGCUCCCACCAAUAGUACUACGACUACUGCCACGCCGUCCACCAUGGGGCCUACCGUCGAUACCACGUCGUGCAAACAAAGAAUGGUCGGUGCCGAUACCAAUCCUCGGGACAAUAUGCUCAACGCAGACGAGUACUUUUUGUUUGUCAAUCUAUUGACCGACAAUCAAUAUGCGCAAAACACCUUUCCGACACUGCCACAGCCCAUAUUUGAUAACUUUUACACGCUUUUGGAUGCCAAUACGGAGCAAAUAUCCAUUCUCGGUGCCAAUCCAGCAGACGCCACGGAUGCCUUUCAACUGUCGCUCUUGGAUGUGGUCUGCAGUGCCACGAACGCAGCGAUUGAAGCCGCCGACGCGAUGGCGACAACGACGGUGGCACCUGCGGGCAACAUUACUGCUGCUCCUGCCGGCGACACUCCUCCCAUUGACACAUCAUCGCCCAUCCUCACGAUUCAUUCGGCAUUCACGGUGGCUUCCGCGUUGGGUCUGACAGCCGAAGUUUUGAAUUUGCCAUCUUCCAAUCGCCAUGGGGUGGAUGAUGCCUUUAAGCAGUUUGUCUCUUCCGUGGUACCCCGUCUCUUGCUGGAAGUUGGAGGAGCUGUGUCCAGUAACGCGACUGCAGCUGCCACGUCUGUGCCCGCUACUCCGUUGCCUGGAACUCUUUUGCCCGGAACUGCUUCACCAGGGACGGCUUUGCCUGGAACGCUUUUGCCUGGAACUGCUUCGCCUUCCGUUGCUUCCGUAACCACGCCUCCAGGGUUAAUCACAGCGCUUCCUAGCACAGUGUCGCCGGUCGGAACGGCAGUCCCCUACGGCUCAACUCCCGCACCCAAUAGUACUAUCCCUCCAACUGCUUGGUCAUCUUCGCUCGGGAACACAACAAUAACAGCCCCAGUCCUGCCAAGUGCUGCAACUACUGCACCUGUCCUAAUAGGGGCAACGACAGUCCCAGUCCUGCCAAGUGGUGCAACUACUGCGCCUGUCCUAAUAGGGGCAACGACAUCCCCAGUCCUGCCAAGUGCUGCAACUACUGCGCCUGUCCUAAUUGGGGCAACGACAACUCCAGUUCUGCCAAGUGCUGCAACUACUGCUCCUGUGCUGACAGCAGCCACGACCUCCCCAGUGUUGACAGUUGCUGCUGCAACUACUGCGCCUGUCCUAAUUGGGGCAACGACAACUCCAGUACUUCCUAGUGCUGCAACAGCUUCACCGGUGCUGACAGCAGCCACAACCUCCCCAGUGUUGACAGUUGCUGCUGCAAGCACUUCACCGGUGCUGACAGCAGCUACAACCUCCCCAGUGUUGACAGUUGCUGCUGCAACUACUGCACCAGUGUUGACAGCAGCAACAACAUCCCCCGUCUUGACAGUUGCUGCUGCAACAACUUCACCAGUGCUGGCGGCAGCAACAACCUCCCCAGUAUUGACAGUUGCUGCUGCAACUACUGCACCAGUGCUCGCGGCAACAACAACGCCUCCUCUCGUUGCCGUACAGACGCUUGCUCCACAGACACUCGCACCCGCAGCACGAAGGAGAAACACUGAAUCGACUUCAUAUCUAAGAGGUUCAGUAAAGGAAGCCCAGACAUCAAUGCUGACAUCUGAGCAACCAUUUUACAGAAGCAUGCUACGACGUGUGCAGGUCUUGACAGCUGCUCCAGUCUUUGCUACCACCGCUCCGGUCUUGACUGCAGCAACCACAGCUCCUGUAUUGACCACCGCAACAGCACCACCUAUAGUAGCUGCAGCAACCACAAACCCUGCAUUGACAGCAGCACCUGGACUUGCCACGACUGCUCCAGUGUUGACCACAACACCUGUAGUGGCAGCUACCAUAAACCCUGCUGACCCGGGGCUCGCCACGACUGCUCCUGUUCUGACAUCAGCAACCACAACACCUGCAUUGACAGCAGCGCCUGGACUUACCACGGCACCUGUUCUGACAUCAGCAACCACGGCACCUCUAGUGACUGCAGCAACCACAAUGCCUGUUGAUCCUGGGCUUGCAACUACUCAGCCACUAUUGACUACAGCUACUACAGCUCCAGUGUUGACUGGUGCUCCUGGAGCCCUUACCACAUCUCCUGUUUUGACUACAGCAACCACAUCUCCUGUUUUAACGGGUGCUCCGGGACUGACAACCACACCUCCUGCAUUGACUACGGCAACCACAGCUCCAGUAUUACCAGUGGCAACUGUGCCUGGAGUUGGCACUGCAACACCUUCUGGAGGCACUGUGUCCCCUCUUGGCACGGCCGUUCCUUCGCUGGGAGCAACAACAGCAUCACCUGGUGGGACAACUGCAGCUCCGUUAGGGGCUGAAGCCACCCCUGCACCUAUCACCAGAACAGACCCUGCAACCUGCAAGCAGCAAAUUCUCCUGGUAGAUGGGGACAGAAAUGGCCUCAUGAAUGAAUCUGAGUAUAUUGCAUUUGUAAACAAAUUGGCAAACAAUGCAUUUAUUCAGUUCACUACCUUGGAUUCUCUGCCCGCACCACUGCAACAGAGUUACAGCACACUCCAACAGGGUGGCGAAAUUGAAAUUGUAGGUGAGCUUCCCAGCCAGGGAGCUUCGCCCGAUCAGCUCGCCUUUUUGGAUAUGAUGUGUGCGCAAACAGAUCAAGCCAUCUAUGAAGCUCAAUAUGGACUUGUACCAGGAAGUGCCGCAGAUCUCUUUCCUGUUCUUACUUCUGUUCCAACAGUUUCUGGAACAGCACCUCCCAACGUGGGAAAUGGCACCGCAACCCCAACCGUUCCAGAAUCGCCGGGGCCGGCAAAUUCCUCCGGUACCGUAGGAUCCUUAUCGAUUGUACCCGAUAGCGCCAAGUUGGUUCGUUUUGAGGAUACGGCAUGCGACACCGGGGUUACGGCACUUAGCUGCCUCACCGUGUACGCCGAGUACGAUGUGACCAUACCAGACGGGGUGGACCACUUCACAGUCUAUGACGCCUUGGUGUCGAAGACCCAGCAAGCUAUCGACGAUGGCGGCUUGCAAGCUGCUAUGAUAGUUGUGAAUCCCAGCCUCCAAGUGAACAUUACUGGAGCAGCCUUCCCACCCUACGUGGCAACGCAGGCACCCACGACGACACCUCCUGCGCCCGUGGAAGAGCUCACCACAGCAGGAAAGACUUUCCUCGGUCUAGCUUUGGGGUCCUUUAUUGCAAUUCUGAUUGUAUUGGUUGUUGUCACUUGUGUGGCUUGUGGAUGCUUUGCAUACGUGCUUGUCAUGUUGAAACAAGGUGACAAUUCAAAGACGGCUGAUGGUAAUGGCGCAUCUGAUCACCCCGACCAUUUCGAUGACGAGGAUCAGCCACCACUCGGACUCAACCAGGAUGAUGGCGAAAACGACAAGCCCAUUGAAAAUUAUGGCUUCCAGGUUGGUUCAACAGAACCAAAUCCAUUGUUCAAUACCAAUGACAGCGAUGACUCGUCAGAAGAGGAAGAACGACCUGCUGACAAGACGCAGCCAGCUUCGCCGGCCAAAGCAGCCUUUGGAUACGAGAUUGGUGGGCCCGGUGAGUUCAACGUGAGCAUUGGGGAGGAUGAGUAUUCGUCGGACGAAGAAAGUAAAAGGGGAGACGCCAAAGGCGGUUUUGGUGGCGGUGGGUUUGGAUCAGACGACACUGGUUUCAACACGAAUGAAAAGGAAGAGAACGGUUUCUUCACCACCGAGUCCACUGGCUUCUUCGGUGGCGGCACAGAAGAAUGGGGCAAACCUCAAGAGCCAAGCCCGGGUCCACAGAACGAUGGCUUUGGAUUCCAACCAGAAGAAGCAUCGGAGGACUCUGAAUCCGAGUCCGAGAAGUCUGAGGAUGAGUCCGAGAAAUCUGACUACGAGUCCGAGAAAUCUGACUACGAAGAUGAAGAAGAACAGGUUGCAUCGGUAGCGGCGUCAGAACUGGACGAAUCAGAGGAUGAAUUUGAUUCCGGUGCGGAAGAACAGUUUGAUGACGAAGGAGAAGACGAAGGAAGUGAAAGCGACGCAGGCAGCGAGGACUCUGAGGUUGCACGAAUCAAGGAAGAGAUCAUCGAAGUCGUCAGGGAUGCAGCACCGCACGAGUUGGAUAACAUUGACAUUAUGAUGGAACAGUUCAGUGGGCGUGAAGAGGAACUUUUACAGAUGUUGAAGGUGAUGCAUGCCAAAGGCGAUCCAGAAGAUGAUGACGACGAGGAGGAGGGGUCCGACUUCGAAUCUAACGCUGAGGAUGGAGAGUCUCAGUCUAAUUCAGGUUCUGACAUCGACGAAGGCUCGAAUUUUGAUGAGGGAGAGUCGCAAGUGGGCGGGUCGGUUUAUGAUGAUGGCUUGGACGAAGGUUCAGAGUACUCGGAUGAGUUUUCCGGUCAACAUUCUAUAGACGAAGGCUCGGACGAGGAAGGCGAAAAACCCCGAGGAGGAAAGGCAAACCGUGGUGGGAAUGACGACGAAGACAGCUACUACAGCAGUGACUUCUCGGGCUCCGGAGAUUACAGCAGGUAG